AUGCCUACUGACAUGUUUAAGUUAGGUGGGCCAGGUUUCACUUUCCCCAAUUCGAAAACUUGCUUUCUAUAUGCGAAGAUCCAACGUCCUGGGAAGCUGAUUGAUGGUAGCACGAUUGAAGAGGUUUGGUCUGAAACCAGGGGUACGAACUACAAAAAUGGAGGAUUGGAUGGUAGUUCAUUUAGGGAAUAUGGGGAUGAUUUUGAUAUGAGUACUGGAGAUACAAAUGGCAAUGAGUUUGAGUCAGGCGAUGGUACUGAUUAUGAUCAAACUGAAGACGAUGUGAGGGUUGAGCAAGAAUUGUAUGAUUCUGCCAUGAAUGGUGACUUGGAAAAUGAAUCAGAAGGCAGAGAUGAUGAUGGUGAUGAUGAUAUGAACGAAGAUGAAGAUGGAGAUGACAUGAACGAAGAUGAUGAUGAGGGGAAUGGAGAUUUGUCUGGAGAAGCUCAAAUGGGUUAUGAUAAUACUUGUGGCAUAACAAUUGAAUCUCUUCAGGAUAUCCUAUGUAUUGACCUGAAGACCUUAUGUCCAUUGGACAUGACUAAGUACGAUUUUUCAAAUGCUGAUGUUGCCUACUUGUUUUACAAGUGGUAUGGAAGACUUAAUGGCUUUGCUGUGCGGAAAAAUAAUAUCUUGCGAGAUAAAACAGAAGAAGUUAUUCAAAGGAGGUAUGUAUGUAGCAGACAAGGAAAACGUAGAGAUAAUGACAACUUGGUGCGUAAAGUUAGACCUGAGACAAGAUGCUGGUGUCUAGCAGAAUUUGUGAUUCAUGUAGACAAAAGCAGUGGUCGAUGGCGUGUGAAGCGCUUUGUUGAUUCUCAUACUCAUGACUUACUUCCUCAUGAAUACACAGCAAUGAUUGCAUCCCAUCGGUGUAUGGGUGAAGCAGAUAUAUUGCGAAUGAAUAAUAUGAGGAAAGCAGGUCUGAGGGGUAGUGAUAUAUUCAAGUCAUUUGCAGGUCAAUCAGGUGGUUUUUAUAACAUGGGGUAUUCUCUUAAAGACAUGCAGAACCAGAUUAGUAGGCAAAGAAGGUGGGAACCAUCCGAUGCAACUGCUGCGGUAGAGUACCUUCGUGGGUUGGAAAAGCAUGACUCAUUGAUGUAUUGCCGUGAGAAGGUCAGCGAAGAAGGAAGACUUGAAUUGCUAUUUUGGAGCGAUGGAAUAAGCCAAAUGAGUUAUCAAGUGUUCGGAGAUGUCCUUGCAUUUGAUGCGACAUAUGGUAAAAAUAAGCACCAAUGUCCGUUUGUUGUGUUUUGUGGUAUAAAUCACCACAACAAGACAACCAUUUUUGCAUCUGCAAUUGUUACAAGCGAGACAGAAGAAACUUAUGUCUGGCUCUUGGACAAUUUUCUGCGAGCAAUGAAAGGAAAGGCACCUUCUUCGGUCAUUACCGAUGGUGACCCAGCAAUGAGGAAUGCUAUAAGAAAAGUCUUCCCAAGGGCACACCAUCGGUUAUGUGCAUGGCACCUCCAGAAAGGUGCUUCAAAGCAUGUUCAAAUUCCUGAUUUCACAAAACAGCUUGGCAAGUGUAUGUACUUUGAUCUUGAAGUGGGUGCAUUUGAGAAACUGUGGGCUGAAAUUGUGGCUAAGCAUGGGCUAGAGGGAAAUGAAUGGGUUUCUGACCUGUAUGAAAAGAAGAAGAUGUGGGCAGCUGCACAUAUCAGAGGGCAUUUUUUUGCGGGGUUGCGUACAACGUCCCGGUGCGAGGGUAUGAACUCUCAGAUUGGGAGGUUUUUAAAUUCCGGAAAUACUUUACUGGAGUUUGUACAACACUUCAAUCGCUUAUUGAACUACAUGCGUUUUAAGGAGGUUGAACUUGAUUUCAAAUCUGCAUAUGGUGCCGCAAAGUUGGAGACACCACUUCGAUCGCUAGAGCGAUCAGCGUCUAAAGUAUUUACACUGGACAUCUAUUCGUUAAUAAAACCCGUGCUUGCAAGGGCUGGUGCAGUCAGAGUCAUUUCGUGCAACGAGACUUUUACUUGUGAUAUCUACACGGUAAGUAAUUGUGGUGUUGCCCAGAGGCAAUGGCAUGUGUCUCACUAUGAACCUACAUCUUUGUUCAGCUGCUCAUGCCUUAGGAUGGAGUCUCAAGGUCUACCUUGUACGCACCUGAUAGCUGUUCUUGCACAUCUUAACAUUCUAGAGUUCCUUGAAUGUUUGAUUCUGCGUAGAUGGACAAAGGCUGCGAAGCAAUUCAUUCGAACGGAGAACAAUCAUGAUGGUCAUGACAAUUUCUUUUGGGAGUCCCAAAAGGCAUGCCAAUACGCAUCAUUAGUUGAUCAUUGCCAGAACAUGUCCAAGAUGUCCCUCGUAACAGAUGACGACUAUGAGGAGACAAAAAAUAUGGUUAUCAAACGAAUCAUGGAUUUGAAGGCUAAACACAAUAACGUGAGUACGCAGGGUGGUCAAAAUGAACAUGCAUCAAACCCGCACGUCCCUGCUCGCAAUGUCAUUACUUCAUUGUUGAAUCCUAUACCCAGAGUGAGAAACGUUGCUGUUAAUCCAAAUGGUACUAGAGUGAGGCGUGUUCAAAAGUGCAGCCACUGCAAAGCACCUGGCCAUAACAUUAAGUCAUGCCCAGAAUUGAGGAAUAUCUCUCAUAGUCAGGGUAAUUGA